GCCCAUUAGCUUAUCAAACCCCGGCCAAUCUGUACCUAAAAUGACGGGGUGCGUCAGGCGGGAGCUAACCGCGACCUUCAUUCUAUGCUUUUCCCCCGCAAAUCUAAUUUCCACCGAUAUCACAGGAUACUCGUGAACAUCCCCAUGCACACACCGUAUUCUCACCCGGUCUGCCUCCACCAAUGCCCCCGGGCCAAACCAGGCUCUGGUGCGUACAGCCCGAAUCCACCAUCGCCUGGCGUGUACGCCCUGGAUUCUUACCGGAACGUGGUACGUCGCUCCCGGACCGGGGGAGGGUGCCGGAACGCCGGCAACUCGGGAAGGGUGCCUGGGUCCCCCAGGGCCGGUGGGUUGUGGCCCGGGGUACAGGGUACCUGCCGCGGAGCCGGCCUGGAUCGCUCCUCCGUUCGCGAUGGCCUCCCCCUCCGCGGUGCAACUUCUGGUCGGGCCGACGCCGGCAGGCUCUUCCUCCUGGGCCUGUCUCCCCACCUGGGCCUGGAGCGCCCCCAGGAACUGCCGGUUCCGCCUGCUCACUCUGGAUGGCCGCCAGCUCUCCGAUCAUUCGGCUGAGCGCCAUGAGCGGUUGGGCCGGCGUCCCCAGCUGGUGUCCGUCAUACGCCGCAUCCUCCCCCGAGCCACGUUGGGCGCCACUGUGGCAGGUUCGUCCUACGGGGUCCCGGAACAACGAGAGUGCAGCGGCCUGUUCCAUUUUAUCCUCUUAAUUUUAAUGUUCACACACAAUACUAGACAGCCCCCUCGCCUCACUCCGCAGUCUCUCCUCCUGUCGCCGGAUUUCUCCUACUUAAAGGUAGAACACACAGACACACUGAUUGAGUUCACCAGGCCAAUUGCCUUCCCCGACACCGUUCCCUGAACCACUCCCUUCUCCGUCCACCCUGCAGCCGAGCCAAACCACGCCCGGCACCACAGUCACAUAAGGACAAUUUGUAUAAAUUACUGAUUAAACCUUUAUUUAACUGGAUUGUGGUAAAAUGACUGGGGAAUUGUCAGUGGUUGAAGGAAUGCUUAAUUAUGUCAGUUCAGUAUGUAGAUUAAGUAAAAGUAGCAAUACCACAGUGUAAUAAUAAACCAUUAAGAGCAUUGAAAGGUGGAAAUACAGAAGUGAAAAAUGUUCAUACAUUUUGGCAUUACAGCGGUAGCCGUGUCUGGGGGCCAGGCCGAAGAGGCCAGAGAUGGUGUGAAGGUGGGACUGAUGGGGGCACAGCUGGGGAGGGAGUGGAAAGUGGACAAAGGAGACAGCAUGGGGAACCUGGGAGGAAGGACAGGAGAGGAUGAGGAGGGAGGGAACACACAUGUCAGUUAAAACGUUUUUUUUUUUAUGAAGAUUUUUUUUAAAUACAUUUUUUUAUACAUAUAUGACAGGAUGCCUUCAUUUUAUGAUUUGUCUCAUGAUUCGCCACUGGAGGACGUGUUCAGGCUUUCUAAGGUAAGUCUGUUGCUGUCACAUUUGUGACACAUCACAACUUGCUAAAUUCUUAUUAAAUUCGUUCUUAUGGAGGGAAAACCUUUUUCUAUUCAGCGCCCGUUUCACAAUCAGUCAACAUCUGAGCCUCGGGCUCAACUGCUCCGUGCUGUGUGCAGGCCGCAGCUUGUCCGACAGACGCACACUUCCACAGGUCUUUCACCCACUGAAGUAUUUUUGGCAAUCCGUCUUAGAGAACACCGUUAGACACACCGAGCACUUCUUCUCGCAGGCAUGAGGAUCCAUUGCACGGGAUGGUCAGCACAUUGAAAGCCAAUAGCAUUCAGCCAGUGUGAGUCAUUUCAAAGGUUCUAGGAGCUUUGGGGAUAAGUUGGGGAGAUUUAUUGUAUAUUUCCUGGGAAGUAAUGUAGUCAUUCUCAUCCGACCAAUUGUACAAACAACCAAUCCGGAUUGCUGAAAUAGUCAUGCUCAGUUUCGUGUGGCGCGCACAGAGUGGUUUGGAGCCAUGUGGACUACAAAAGAGGGCCGCUCCAUCUAAGGUCUGUUAUCCGUUCAAUUCAUCCCAGAGCUGUUUUAAAGAGAAAAAGGCAGUGAAGACAUCGAAUGGGGCAGAUUGAUCAAGAGGUGUUGUUUUUGUGAAAGUCAGAAAGGGAGAGAGGGUCAGCACUUCAGCUCCGAUUUACGUGCUGGUUUAAAGGCAUCAGUUCAAUGUUAUUCCAUGAUUAUGUUUUUAGACCUACGGACAAAGGAAAAAUGAAGUGAGGUCAACAAUGUGCAUUCCAACGACUAGAAUGGAAAGAAAGGUUUCAACAUGGUCUCUAAACAAGGUCUGGUUUAGGUUUAUACGUUAAAAUUCCUCGAUUUCUACAUUAAAAAAAUGGCUCAAAAAAGUGCCAGAACAUUUUUUCAGGUACAUGGGUGGCAAAAACCACAAAUGCCUUAUCCUAGUGUGAAUCUUCCGCAGCUCAUGUAUGUUAGUUAGUCAUGUGUGAUAUAUAUUUUUCUAUCCUUUACGGGAGAGUGGAGUUAAUAAGGUUAGACAUAUAAGUAUUUCAGUAAUCUGCUGAGACAAGGUUAAAGAUUGCUCAUUGGUCAACAACUACCAUCGUUACACUCAGUACGCCUCUAUUUGCCAUUCAUAGGAUAUUCACUCACACCCUUGUACAUUUAUUGCAUGAGAAGAAGUAUUUGAUCAGGAUUUGAGGGGUGGCCAUUUAAGUGCCCUCUUCUCUUCUUCUCUCAUUUAUUUAACCAUCCACUAAGAGCAUCAGCAAUAAAGUGAUUCACAUUCUGUAAUUUGCACCUUAACUUUGAAGCCAUGAGCAAAAUUGGAUAACUCGAUUUGAUUAUGCCUGAGUGUGGAUUGCCAAAGUGAACAACUUGGGGCAUUCAGAUAUGUAAUCUAGUCACUUUCUCCAGUUCUUUCUAUUUCUACGUAAAGAACCACCUCUCAAAGUGCAAAGUUUCCAGGUUCAAGCGCAGCACGUUCAUACUCUACUUCUUCUCCUCAGGUAUCUUCAUAACCAAGAUGGCCACUUGGGACAACAACGUAACCAGCCAAACCAAUUACAGCAACUUCUACUGUCGCUUUGAAGAACGUUUCAAAUACAUUCUCCUGCCCGUCAGCUAUUCCCUGGUCUUUGUUAUCGGCUUGGCGCUGAACGCUACUGCGUUGUAUGUGAUGCUGUUCCGCACCAAGCGCUGGAAGUCCUCCACUAUCUACAUGUUCAACCUGACCGUGUGCGACACCCUGUACGUCCUCACUCUGCCCUUCCUCAUCUACUACUACGCGGAUGAGAACGACUGGCCUUUCAGCGAGCCGUUGUGCAAGAUUAUACGCUUCCUGUUUUACACCAACCUGUAUGGUUCAAUAAUGUUCCUGUGCUGCAUCAGUCUGCAUCGCUUCAUCGGCGUCUGCUAUCCAGUCCGCUCCCUCUCCUGGGUCAGCGCUCGUCGUGCCAAGCUGGUGUCUGUGGCAGUGUGGGCCUGUGUUUUACUCUGCCAGGCACCUAUUCUUUUUUUUACAAGAACUAGCGUCAGAGAGGGUAAACGGAUCUGCUACGACACAACCAGCCCGGAUCUCUUCAAUGACUUCCUGUUGUACAGCUCUGCCGUAUCGGUGCUCAUGUUUGCCCUGCCCUUCAUGGUGGUGAUGGUGUGCUACGGCCUCAUGGUGCGGAAGCUUCUGGAGCCUGGCUGGGCGUCUGAAGGGGGCACGAGGGGGGGCCUGUCAGCCCGACGAUUGAAGCAGAAGUCGGUGGAGAUGAUCAUCGUUGUGCUGGCAAUGUUUAUUCUCUGUUUCCUUCCGUUCCACCUCACCAGGAGCCUCUACUAUUCUUUCCGAUACCUGAGGAACGCCGAUCCAUUACAGAUCAGCUGUAAGUUGCUUGAGGCCUUCACCAUGCCCUACAUAGUGACCCGACCUUUGGCCAGCGCCAACAGCUGUGUGGACCCCAUCCUUUACUUCCUGGCUCGGCAGGACGUCCGCAGUAACCUCACCAAGAAGAUCAGGUCAUUUUUAUCCAGACUACGGGUAACAAACGAGUAAAAUGAGACUCACAUUCUGUGUGCCUGUUUCACGAGGAGGUGUAGAUUGGUUCAUGUUUGUUUCUGAUUUUGGUUGAUGAUUAGUUGCGGUCGUCGUGGCGCAGGGGGUAGAGCGGGUGUCUGGGAACUGCAAGGUUGGUGGUUUGAGUCCUGGCUGCCCCAUGUCUCAAGUCGAAGUGUCCCUGAGCAAGACACCUAACCCCUAAUUGCUCCCUGGGCAAAAAUGUAAAACCCAUGGGUUUAAAGUGUAAUGUAAGUUGCUUUGGAUAAAAGCAUCAGCUAAAUGACAUGUAAUGAUUCUCUUUUAUAUAUUGUGUCUGAUUAUACAGCUUCUGGGCAGCUGAGUGGGAUAUUGGAAACAUCAGAAGACAGUUGUAAUGAGUUGUGUGUUAACUGUGAUUUGGGAGUAGAGUAUUAGUUAUAGUGUAGCUUGGAACCACUUGGUGCAUAUCAAUUGUAGUGUUGAUUUAUAUAAUUAGUGGUUAUAACAAGCAGACCACUAGAGGGCGACACUGUCAAACCAACAAGACAGUCCGUUGCUUUUAGUUUUUAACUAUUUUUUAAAAACUUUUCUACUAGAUUUAUCCUCACAUUCACAGACAACAGCCGACAGACGCCAAAGUUAUUUAAAAUACAUCUCUUCUUUAUUUCAAGAGUAAAAACGUCAUACAGAAAAAUGUUAUAUUAUAAAUGCACCCUGCAAAGUCAUUGAGAUGAAAGCUCCCUUCCAACUGGCAACCCUUCAGCUUGAAAACAUUAAAUAAUAAACCCAAUGACAGUAGUACAAACAGAUCGAAUGAAAAUGUGUGACUGCUGCUGCCAAUAAAUAUCCAGUCCUCCAGACAUGUUAAAUUCAUAAACAUCAUAAGAAAUAUGUGUGGGUAAUUAUAAUAAACUCUUUGGAAUCCAAGAGAACCUAAACUGAAGUCAAGUGAGCUGCAUGACUUUGAGGCAUUUCAACCACUAAUCCACUGCAGCUACUGGAUGGGUUAUUUAAUUAAUCUGUAAAAACUUAAAAUGUGUGUGUGUGUAUUCUUUAUGGAAGUGAUUUCUUACACUUGUGGUGAUUGCAUUACUGGAGUCUGUGUAUGUGUACUGCAUUCGUGUGUUUAGUUUUAGAACCCCCCACAAAUGUUGCACUCAAAUUGCAGGGAAAAAAAAAUGUAUAUUAUAUCGAGUUUACCAGAAUCUGUUUAUAUUCAUGAUGGUGUGUGUGAGUUUCUUACUAAAGGACAAAAAGUGUCACUUAUUGGUGCAGCGCAGUUGUCUUUCACCUCCUACAAACGGUAUGCUAAAAUGCUAAUAGGCAGAACUGUUUUAAUAUACCCACCCAUAUUUACAUAUGCACAUUCAUUUACAUGGUCUAUUCUACAAAAUUGAUAUCUCUAUCUAUCAUCUUCAUGGUUGCACCAAACGGACAGUUGCAGCCUCUUACUGCCAUUGGAAAGCAGUGUUGUAAAGAACAUGCUGUGAUCCAGUUUGGGGAGAACAUUUUGGACCUGGUCUAGUAGCCUAAAGUUUGCAAAUGUAAUGAUUAAUGCCAACUGUGAGUAGGGGUGCAUCGCUGAAUGCUUCUCAAACUCUCAAAGGUUCACUGAACUCAGCGAGAGCAUCUUCUGUUAAGUCUACAUUCAAAAUAUUC